AUGGCAAAAUGGGUCCAAAUGGCCCCAGACAACCUCAGGACUGAACGAUUCAAGAAACUCCUGCUCCAGCUGCUCAAGUGCUUGGGAAUUGGGAAACUUGAACAAGCCGCAAGUAGUUUUGAGCCAACCCAAUUGCAUACUCAAGUCCGGCCGUGCUCAAACUUGGCAAACGUCCCUCCGGAGUCCGAGGAGGUCGCCAACCGGGGGCAAUCUCCUGGGGACCUGGUUGGCUUUUGCCGAUUGUCUGGCUAA